UUCGCACCAUCUUCUUCUUCCUGCUUUUUUCUGAGCUCAGAAAGAACGGUGACUGCUCUAUCUAUGCUUUUUCCUUUUUUUAUCUGAUAUCUAAUAAUAUCCAUCUAUAUAUAUAUAAACACACGAUAUUGUUCGUUCAUUGUUUCUCUGUUUUGACUAUGAUCUCACUUUCUACAUUUUCGCUCCCAAUCCCAAAGACUCUCUCUCCAUUAUUGAUAGCCUCUAAUACUUUUCUCCUGUAGACAUGAAGAAAGGAGGCUUAACCCCUAAUCUCAAACUCACUGUUCCUCGCGAUGAAGUUUCUUUCGCUAAGUUCCUGACUGAAAGUGGAACGUUUAUGGAUGGAGAUCUGCUCGUAAACAGGGACGGAGUUCGGGUUGUUUCUCAAAGCGAAGUUGAAGUCCCACCUCCGAUUCAGCCAACCGAUAAUCAGCUGAGUUUAGCAGACGUAGAUACUAUAAAAGUCAUUGGAAAAGGGAGUGGAGGAAUUGUGCAAUUGGUUCGCCACAAAUGGACUGGCCAAUUUUUUGCACUAAAGGUUAUUCAAAUGAAUAUCGAAGAGUCUUCUCGGAAGCUGAUUGCACAGGAAUUGAAAAUUAAUCAAUCAUCACAGUGCCCGAGUAUUGUUGUUUGUUACCAGUCCUUUUACGAUAAUGGUACCAUUUCAAUCAUCUUAGAGUACAUGGAUGGUGGAUCUCUAGCAGACUUUCUGAAGAAAGUAAAAACAAUUCCAGAGCCGUAUCUUGCUGCUAUUUGCAAACAGGUGCUCAAGGGUUUAUUGUAUCUUCAUCAUGAAAAACACAUUAUACACAGGGAUUUAAAACCUUCAAACCUGUUGAUAAACCACAGGGGAGAAGUUAAGAUCACUGACUUUGGUGUGAGUGCAAUACUGGAAAGCACCUCUGGUCAGGCAAAUACUUUUCUCGGCACCUACAACUAUAUGUCUCCAGAGAGAAUUACUGGAGGCAAAUAUAGUUACAAAAGUGACAUCUGGAGUUUUGGACUAGUGUUGCUUGAAUGUGCAACUGGUCGGUUCCCAUAUAUACCAGAAGAAGGUGACGUGUGGACAAACUUUUUUGAGCUCAUGGAUUGUAUUGUUAGUCAACCACCACCUAGUGCACCUUCUGAUCAAUUUACUCCCGAGUUCUGCUCGUUUAUUUCUGCAUGUGUAAAGAAAGAUGCUAAGGAUAGACAGUCAGCGCAUCAGCUAUUGAUGCAUCCUUUCGUCAGCAUGUAUGAUGACUUGGAUGUUGAUCUUUCAACGUACUUCACCAAUGUGGGAUCUCCACUUGCUACAUUUUCGAUACCAUAAGAGUAAGUUAAAGGAGUAUUCCUUAAGUUUAUUCUCUUCCACUCCCUAGAAAAUAUUGUAAUGUGUGCCCUACUGUCCUCUUCAAUGUUAAAGAUAUGUUGAUUAAGAGCCACCUGAAGUGGCAUCCUAUUAAUAGCAGGGUUUCGCUUGUUCUCUUUCGUGAAUUAUGGAGAAUCUUUGUUGAAGAUUUGAUUUAGCAGUCUGUGGGAUUAGGAUAUUAAGUUUCCCCAAUCUUAGGAUUUUCUUACAUUCUCUGUUUUUCAGAGAUUGAUAGUGAUAAUUCUGAAGUUGUUUCUGUUUAGGAAAAGGAAUACUCUCAAUUUUGUUGCAAUAACAACGGUUUGUAGAGAAUAAGAUUGGGACAAUCUAUUUAAGAAAAGGAAUACUUAUUAUACAUGUUUUUGAACUCAACUGUCAUAAUGCCUUUUCUCUUUUUUUAGAUUUCCACGAAUGGAGUUUCAACUGUCAGUAACAGAAAUCUCAAGCAAACAUUCAAAUGCAGUAGAUUUCUUCCUGGAGGAGUAACUUAGCAGUGUGAAUGGAGGUUUUUGUGACCAAGGAAUAUAUGAUUUAUUGUAUUAACCUUUAGAGAUUUUUCACUACUUUAGCUAGCCUAAGGCGCUUGAUAAUUUUUCUAGUUGAUUGGAACUGCAAAGAUAUUGUUCGCUCCUGAAUUUAAGAAGAAAAAUUCCUGAUGUUGGACAAACUUCAUUGCCCAACAGCAUUAAGCUUUGUUUGGCUUCAGAAAAUUGUUAAUGUAAAAGAACUCUUGGGAAAUUACAAUAAAAGGAGGGAGAAUAUAUUCUUAACUUCUCAUAAAA